ACCCAGAUUGCUGUGCGGCGUUGUUUCACUCGUUUCACUUCGUUAUACCGCCAUCACGAAAAGAGAGCAGCAAGGGAGGUUGGUUUUCUGCUCUGAAGUGUUCCUUUCGCGUCGUACUUACGUUCCAUCGUAAACCGUACAAAUGAAGAUGGUAGAUAAAAUAGAGAUGAGCCUGGACGACAUCAUCAAACAGACCAAGGGAUCGAGGGCUCGAGGUGGUGGCGGCGGUAGACGCGGUAGAGGCGCCGGCACUUCGCCCCGUCGAGGAACACGUAGGACUCCGAGAACUGGUGGCGGCGUCAUGCGAGGACGCAACCGUGGAGGCAUCGUACGCAGUUCCUUGCCGUAUACGAGGGGCGAUGUAAACAGUGCUUGGAAACACGACAUGUUUGAUGGCGUCAAAAAGGUUGGUCGUGGUGCAAUAGGCAGUGCAGGCACAACUAAACUCUUGGUGUCAAAUCUUGAUUUCGGUGUAUCAGAUUCAGAUAUUCAGGAAUUGUUCAGCGAAUUUGGACCUUUGAAAUCAGCAGCAGUACAUUAUGAUAGGUCAGGACGAUCUCUGGGCUCUGCAGAUGUUAUAUUUGAAAGACGAGCAGAUGCUAUCAAAGCUAUGAAACAAUAUCAUGGAGUACCUUUAGAUGGUCGUGAAAUGAACAUACAAGUCGCCACUUCUGAACUACCCAUCACCUCUAUCCGUGCUGGCCCAAGACUUAGUGGCGCUAAUUACACACAAAGACCUCAGACCCGUUUUAGAGGGAACCGCAGCACAGGACCUAUCAGAGGUCGCGGUACUGGUCGGCGUGGUAGAGGAGGUACUCGACAAGUGACAAAGACACCUACUGCUGAAGAACUGGACGCAGAGUUGGAGGCGUACGUGAAGGAAGUAAAGUAACGAUAUCGCAAAACUUUUUGCUCCAUUCAAACUUUGUUCAAUUUGAUUUAAUAUAAUAUACGAUGUUUCUCUUACUUUCACCUGAAGUAUACCAUAUAAAUAUAUCUUAUCUACUAAGGUUUAUUAAAAUGUUGUAAAGGACAUCAAAUUUGAUUUUUACUUUUGACAAAAAUUAAUUUUACAAAAAUCUACCCAAUCAUUUCGUAGACGUUCAUAGAUCUUUUUACAGUAAGAAAGUCGAAAAAGAACAAACUUAUAAUGUAUAGACUAUAUGAAUUUAUAUGUACUAUCGUGCGUGUGAUGCUCAUCAGAAGAGAAAUACAACAAGAUACAACAAGAU